CUAAAUUAUCCCUAGCAGGCAACAGAUUUUAAUAUUUAGGUUUAUUGAGCCUAUUUUUCAGUUAUUUAGCACUCUCCAUAUAUGUUUAAAUAAUACCCUUCAAUUCUUUUGAAUUCAAGGUAUCACCAUAAAUUUCUGCAUAAGCAUCUUUUUUUCACUAAUGGAUCAUCAGAACUUUAUGCAUCCAACGUUUUCUGUCAAUACUUCUUCCGGGGUUAAUAUUCCAGCUUCAUUAUCUCUUGCGCCGUACAAGAACAACAAUAUCGGGGACUUGGAUGGAUUUUUGACCGGUUUUAAGAGGGAAAUCACCCAUUUCUCUCUGCCACAAUCUGCUAGUGAUGAUCAUGUGCCUAAUAAUACUAGUGUUGAGAUUAUAGAAACUACUGAGAUGAUGAUGAAAUCAUCGGUCGACAAGAUCAAGAAAGGCGAAAAGAAAGCUAGAAAGCCCAAGUUUGCCUUUCAGACGAGGAGCCAAGUUGAUAUACUCGAUGAUGGAUACCGGUGGAGAAAGUACGGUCAGAAGAAAGUGAAGAGCAACAACUUUCCUAGAAGUUACUACAAGUGCACACACCAAGGAUGCAACGUUAAGAAGCAAGUGCAGCGACUAUCAAGAGACGAGGGUGUUGUUGUGACGACAUAUGAAGGAACGCAUACGCAUCUUGUGGAUAAGCCCAUGGACAAUUUUGAGCAAAUUCUCAACCAGAUGCAGAUUUAUCCUCAUGUGAAUAAUUAGUACAUGAUAACCAAUUGGAUAGGUACGUAUGUGAUGAGGAAAUAGCAUCAUUCCAUAUAUUUCAUGAGUAAUGGUAGAUCUUAGGUGGUUUCGUGUAUAAGUAGGAAAUUCAGUUGCAUGACUAAAAGUGACCGUCUUUUACAUCAUCUGAGAAGUAUAAUUAUUCAGCUUCUGAGCGUAAUCCCUAAGUUGAUUUCGAAAUCAGCUUUUUUCGAAAAUUUGCACACUUCAUUACUCUCAUGGCAAGUCCUAUUUCUGGAAUAAUAGC